UCACUGAUGGAAUGCUUAAUAGGCGUUAGGUUUAAUGAUUUCGUCCUUCUUGCAACCGACACCCAAGCUAUCUCCUCAAUAAUUAGCUUAAAAAAGGAUUUUGAUAAGAUGUUUCGUAUGAGUCGGAGAGUUCUUAUGGGUGUAUGUGGUGAGCAAGGUGAUGCUGUUCAGUUUGCCGAAUUUAUCCAGCAAAAUAUGCAACUGUACGAAAUUCGAAAUGGCUACGAGCUUUCCCCAAAGUCAGCUGCAUAUUUUACUAGAAAGAAUCUUGCUGACUCCCUGCGUAGCCAGUCUCCUUACGCUGUAAACGUAUUGAUUGCUGGUUAUGAUGAAGAAACCGGUCCAGAAAUGUAUUUCGCGGAUUAUCUUGGGGCUCUUGUAAAAGUUCCUUACGCAAUCCACGGAUAUGGGGGGCUCUUCACCUACGGUAUUCUCGAUAGGUAUUACAAUCCCAAUAUGGAUUUGGAUUCAGCUAUAAACCUUGUCAAAAUAUGCGUUAAGGAAAUUAACAAGCGGUUUCUCGUCAACCUGGAACGGUUCAAAUUGCGCCAAGUCACUAAGGAUGGAAUCAAGGACCUUGCCGAUCUAAAUAUUGAACCUUGUCAAGCAUGA